AUGAAUCCCGACGACUACGAUUUGAGUACAUCGGAUGGCUGCAGACGGCCCUUGACUCGAGCCUUGUUCGAUGCUGUUAAUGAAGCCGCGGCGGAAUGCUUGGCACAAAUGCAGCGGGAGCAGGCAGAGGCGGCAGAGGCGGCGGUGGCGCGGGUCCCUCGGCCAAUACGACGUUGGACGUAUGUCCCCCAUGAGCACAACGGACGUGAUGAGUACUUCCAGUAUCGGGAAGACGACAUCGGCAGACCCAGAUUUACGCCGUUGCAGAAGUGCACAGUUGCGAUCCGGCAGUUGGACUACGGCACCACAGCGGAUAUGUUCGACCAGUACCUUCACGUCGGAGAGAAAACUGGCCGCGAAUGUCUAAAGAAUUUUUGUAAGGUAGUUGUGGAGGCUUUUGGCGACACAUAUUUGCGACGCCCGACUGCUGAUGAUUGCCAGAGCCCGAUGAGGAUGCACGAGACGGUGCACGGCUUCUCUGGGAUGCUAGGGAGCAUCCACUCCGGGUCGAACAACGACAUCAACGUCCUCAACUCGUCCACCCUCUUCGCGGAUCAGUGCAGAGGUCGCGGCCCGGCCAUCGAGUUCACUGCCAACGGCCGCAGACAUCAUAUGGGGUACCACUUGGCCGAUGACAUAUACCCAAGGAGAGUAUUGUUUGCGGCAAAGCAGGAGUCUGCGCGGAAGGAUGUGGAGCGGGCUUUUGGGGUGCUCCAAUCGCGGUGGGCAAUCGUGAAAGGUCCGGCGCGUUUCUGGUUCAAGGAAGUCAUCGCCGACGUCAUGUAUGCGUGCAUCAUCAUGCAUAACAUGAUAGUCGAACAAGAAGUUGGACAUGUCACCAAUUGGGUGGAUGAUGAAGCCGGAUCUAGCUCCAGCACGGCGACCCCGCCUGUCGCUCGAGGAUUACCAAUGGGCUUCGGUGAGGUUCUACAGCGACAGACCUCAAUGCGCAGCCAUCAAGACCAUACUCAGCUCAUGACCGACAUGAUUGAAGAAGUUUUGAACCGCAACCGCCGUUGA